AUCCUGCGCCACGUCGCCGCCUACAUGCCAAAGGGAAAAGUGUAUUCUCGCAGCACAUCCUCUGUCCUCAGAACGAGGCUGCGUUGCCACUGGGAGCUCAAUCCGCAUUCCACUCCAUUCAUGCGCACGGGAGACCUCAGACUCGAAAGUAAGCGCGGAGCCGCCAACGAGUUCACUGAAACGCCACAGCUGCAGUGAAAUGUGUGCGAGUUUUAGACUUAAAGCAUGGCAAGGAUAACAAAACUGAUGAUCGCGACAGAACGGCUGGUGGUCACGUCACUGCAGAUGAUGUUAUAGAGGACGCAGAGGCAUUCUGGGAAAGAGCUUAGAGGACACUGGCUCAGUAAGGUGCAUUCGAGACUUUUGGUGUCCCUGCAGUUGUCCCAUUUUCAAAGUGUUGGUGCACAGUGCGGCUUUGGACCAGAUCGCCCCAUGGUGCUAAACAUGUGGCCGUGCGGGAGACGGCCGGGCCACAGCGCCCCACUCCUCCGAGGCUGUCUCCUCAUCCUGCUCUUCCUCUUCAUCGCCGGGGCGGCAGAGGCCCCUCCGUACGCCUUCCAGUCCUUCGCUCCUCCCGAGGGAGGCCUCACUCACCUGGUGGUCCACAACAAGACAGGCGAGGUGUAUGUGGGAGCCGUCAACUGGAUCUACAAGCUCUCCAGCAACCUGACCCAGCUCCGCAGCCACAUGACCGGCCCCGUGGUGGACAAUGAGAAGUGCUACCCGCCCCCCGGGGUUCAGUCCUGCCCCCAUGAGCUGGUGCAGACCAACAACGUCAACAAGCUGCUGCUGCUGGACUACGGACAGAACCGCCUCAUAGCCUGCGGCAGCACCUCGCAGGGCAUCUGCCAGUUCUUGCGGCUGGACGACCUUUUCAAGCUGGGCGAACCGCACCACCGCAAGGAGCACUACCUCUCCAGCGUGUCCGAGGCCGGCACCAUGUCUGGGGUAGUCAUCAACGGCUACGAGGGGGGAGGGAGCACAGGGAAGCUGUUUGUUGGCACUCCCAUCGAGGGCAAGUCCGAGUACUUCCCCACGCUCUCCAGCCGCAAGCUGAUGGCCAACGAGGAGAAUGCGGACAUGUUCAGCUUUGUGUACCAGGACGAGUUUGUGUCCUCGCAGCUCAAGAUCCCGUCAGACACCCUCUCCAAGUUCCCCACCUUUGACAUCUACUACGUCUACAGCUUCAGCAGUGAGCAGUUCAUCUACUAUCUCACCCUUCAGCUGGACACCCAGCUCACCUCGCCAGACGCCAGUGGCGAGCAGUUCUUCACUUCCAAAAUUGUGCGACUCUGUGUGGACGAUCCAAAGUUCUACUCCUAUGUGGAGUUCCCAAUUGGCUGCACAAAGGAUGGCGUGGAGUACCGUUUGGUGCAGGACGCCUAUCUCAGUCGGCCAGGGACUCGUCUAGCUCGAUCACUGGGGAUCUCUGAGCGAGAGGAGGUCCUCUUCACAGUCUUUGCUCAGGGCCAAAAGAACCGGGCCAAGCCACCCAAGGAGUCAGUUCUCUGUCUGUUUACCCUGCGGAAGAUCAAGGAGAAGAUCAAGGAGAGGAUCCAGUCAUGCUACAAGGGAGAGGGGAAACUGUCCCUCCCCUGGCUCCUCAACAAGGAGCUGACCUGCAUCAAUUCACCCCUUCAAAUAGAUGACAACUUCUGUGGGCAGGACUUUAAUCAGCCCUUGGGUGGGACUAGCACCAUUGAGGGGCUGCCGCUGUUUGUGGACAAGGAGGAUGGAAUGACCUCAGUAGCAGCCUAUGACUACCGCGGGCACACGGUUGCAUUCGCAGGCACCCGCAAUGGUCACGUCAAGAAGAUCCUGGUGAACUCCAUCAACCAGCCGGCACUGCUGUACGAGAACCUGGCGGUGAGCGAGGGCAACCCCAUCCUGAGGGACCUUCUCUUCAGCCCUAACCACCAGCACCUCUACGUCCUCAACAAUAAGGAGGUGAGCCGUAUCCCAGUGGAGAGCUGUGAGCAGCACCAUGGCUGCAGUGAGUGUCUAGGCUCCGGGGACCCCCACUGUGGCUGGUGUGUCCUCCACAACCAGUGCUCGAGGAAGGACCGUUGUGAAAGGGCUGAGGAACCACAACGCUUCGCCUCCAGGAUAGAUCAGUGUGUGCGCCUCAGCGUGCAGCCCAGCAACAUCUCAGUCACCAUGUCUGAAGUACAGCUGGUGUUACAGCCCCAGAAUGUGCCUAACUUGGCUGCCGGAGUCAACUGCUCGUUCGAGGAUUAUGUGGAGACAGAGGGCUACCUCCUCGGCUCGCGAAUCAUCUGCCGAUCGCCCACAGCUCAAGACGUGGCCCCCAUCACACGCAACACGCCAGGAGACAAACGUGUGAUCAAGCUCUAUCUGAAAUCCAAGGAGACGGGCAAAAAGUUUGCCAGCGUGGACUUUGUCUUCUACAACUGCAGUGUCCACCAGUCGUGUCUCUCGUGUGUGAACGGCUCCUUCCCCUGCCACUGGUGCAAGUACCGACACAUGUGCACCCACAACGCCAACGACUGCUCCUUCCAGGAGGGCCGGGUCAACGUCUCAGAGGAGUGUCCUCAGAUCUUGCCCUCCACACAGAUCUACAUUCCGGUGGGGGUGAUGAAGCCCAUCACGCUGCUCGCCCGGAACCUUCCACAGCCUCAGUCGGGUCAGCGCAACUACGAGUGCAUCUUCCACAUCCAGGGGUCAGUGUACAGCGUCACGGCUCUGCGCUUCAACAGCACCAGCAUUCAGUGCCAGAAGACCACAUAUGACUACGAAGGAAAUGACAUCAGCGACUUACCUGUCCACCUCUCCGUGGUAUGGAAUGGCAACUUUGUUAUCGACAACCCCUACCAAAUACAAGCUCACCUGUAUAAGUGCUACGCGCUGCGAGACAGCUGUGGGAUGUGUCUGAAGGCCGACCCCAGGUUCGAGUGUGGCUGGUGUGUGCAGGAGAGGAAGUGCUCUCUGCGGCAGGAGUGUGCGCCGCCCGAGAGCAGCUGGAUGUACGCCGCCGCCGCCGGCAACAGCCGCUGCACCCACCCCAAAAUCACUAAGGUGUUUCCAGAGACGGGCCCCAAACAGGGCGGCUCGCGGCUCACCAUCAUCGGAGAGAACCUGGGCCUGCAGUUCCAGGACAUCCGGGCAGGCGUCCGCCUGGGUCCCGUGCCCUGCACACCCAUAGAAGAGGAGUACAUCAGCGCAGAGAGGAUUGUUUGCCUGCUGGGUGAUGCCACUGGCUACCCUACCCUGCAGACCACCAAUCUGGAGGUGUGUGUGAAGGAGUGCCAGCCGGACUACCGCGCCCUGAAGCCUCGUGCCUUCACCUUCGUGUCUCCCUUCUUCACUCGUGUGGUGCCGGCCCAGGGUCCCAUCUCUGGGGGCACCAGGAUCACCAUCGAGGGCAGUCACCUCAACGCCGGCAGCUCUGUGACUAUCAGCAUAGGCCGCCAACCCUGCCUCUUCAAGAAGAGGACCUCCAAAGAGAUUGUGUGCAUGACCCCGGCCGGGCUGACCCCUGGCAGUGUGCCCGUCAUGGUGGACAUCGACUCUGCCGAGCUGCGGAACCCCGAGGUCCGGUUCAACUACACGGAGGACCCCACCAUCUUCAGGAUCGACCCCGACUGGAGCAUCGCCAGUGGAGGAACCCCCUUGAUUGUCAGUGGCACCAACCUGGCUACCAUCAGAGAGCCCAAGAUCCGGGCCAAGUAUGGCACAGCCGAGUCCUUCCACAACUGCACCGUCUUCAAUAACUCGGUGAUGGUGUGCCUGGCUCCGUCGGUGGCAGACUCCGAGCGUGGGUUCCCGGAGACGGGCAGCGGCCCCGACGAGAUCGGCUUCUACAUGGACAACGUGCACGCGCUGGUGGUGGUCAACGAGAGCUUCAGUUACUACCCAGAUCCUGUGUUUGAGCCUCUCAGCCCCACCGGGAUCCUGGAGCUGAAACCAACCUCUCCCCUGAUACUCAAGGGUCGCAACCUGGUCCCGGCAGCCCCAGGGAACCCCAGGCUGAACUACACGGUGUUCAUCGGGGAGACGCCGUGCGUGCUCACCCACUCCGAGAGCCAGCUGCUGUGCGAGUGGCCCAACCUGACCGGCCAGCACAAAGUCACGAUCCGGGCUGGUGGCUUCGAGUACUCGCCGGGCACGCUGCAGAUCUACUCCGACAGCCUGCUCACGCUGCCCGCCAUCAUCGGCAUCGGCGGGGGCGGCGGCCUGCUGAUGCUGGUCAUCAUCGCCGUGCUCAUCGCCUACAAGCGCAAGUCGCGCGAUGCCGACCGCACCCUCAAGCGCCUGCAGCUGCAGAUGGACAACCUGGAGUCACGCGUGGCCCUGGAGUGCAAGGAAGCUUUCGCUGAGCUUCAGACUGACAUCCACGAGCUGACCCAGGAGCUGGAUGGAGCGGGCAUCCCCUUCCUAGACUACCGCACCUAUGCCAUGCGCGUGCUGUUCCCGGGCAUCGAAGACCACCCUGUGCUGAAGGAGAUGGAGGUACGGGUGCAGGCCAACGUGGAGAAGGCCCUGACGCUUUUCGGCCAGCUCCUGACCAAGAAGCACUUCCUGCUGAGCUUCAUCCGUACGCUGGAGGCGCAGCGCUCGUUCUCCAUGCGCGACCGCGGCAACGUGGCCUCCCUCAUCAUGACCGCGCUGCAGGGCGAGAUGGAGUACGCCACCGGAGUCCUCAAGCAGCUCCUCUCUGACCUCAUCGACAAGAACCUGGAGAGCAAGAACCACCCCAAGCUGCUGCUGCGCAGAACGGAGUCUGUUGCUGAGAAAAUGCUCACCAACUGGUUCACCUUUCUGCUGUACAAGUUUCUAAAGGAGUGUGCUGGGGAGCCCCUCUUCAUGCUGUACUGUGCCAUGAAACAGCAGAUGGAGAAGGGCCCCAUCGACGCCAUCACAGGCGAGGCGCGCUACUCCCUCAGCGAGGACAAGCUCAUCCGUCAGCAGAUCGACUACAAGACCUUGACGCUCCACUGUGUGAACCCGGAGAAUGAGAAUGCCCCAGAUGUGAUGGUGAAGUGCCUGAACUGUGACACCAUCACCCAGGUGAAGGAAAAGCUCCUGGAUGCUGCCUACAAGGGCAGCCCAUAUUCCCAAAGGCCCAAGGCUGGGGACAUGGACCUGGGUAAGACCUGCUCACAAAUGGAGCAUAGACUCAAAGAGUGGCGCCAGGGCAGGAUGGCUCGAAUCAUUCUCCAAGAUGAGGAUGUCACCACAAAGAUUGACAAUGACUGGAAGCGCUUGAACACUCUCGCUCACUAUCAGGUUACAGACGGGUCAGCCGUUGCCCUAGUGCCAAAGCAGAACUCAGCCUACAACAUCUCCAAUUCCUCAACAUUCACUAAAUCUCUCAGCAGAUAUGAGAGCAUGCUGAGGACGGCCAGCAGCCCUGACAGCCUGCGCUCGCGGACGCCCAUGAUCACGCCAGACCUGGAGAGCGGCACCAAGCUGUGGCACCUGGUCAAGAACCACGACCACUCCGACCAGCGGGAGGGCGACCGCGGGAGCAAGAUGGUGUCCGAGAUCUACCUGACCCGCCUGCUGGCUACAAAGGGUACGUUACAGAAGUUUGUGGAUGACCUUUUUGAGACGAUCUUCAGCACAGCCCACCGUGGCAGCGCCCUGCCUCUGGCCAUCAAGUACAUGUUUGAUUUCCUGGAUGAGCAGGCCGACAAGCACCAGAUCACUGACUCCGACGUCAGGCACACCUGGAAGAGCAACUGCCUACCCCUCCGGUUCUGGGUGAACGUGAUCAAGAACCCCCAGUUUGUCUUUGACAUCCACAAGAACAGCAUCACGGACGCCUGUCUGUCAGUGGUGGCCCAGACCUUCAUGGACUCCUGUUCCACCUCCGAGCACAAGCUGGGCAAGGACUCGCCCUCCAACAAGCUUCUCUACGCUAAAGACAUCCCCAACUACAAGAACUGGGUGGAGAGGUACUAUUCGGACAUCGCACGCAUGCCUGCCAUCAGUGACCAGGACAUGAGCGCCUACCUGGCCGAGCAGUCGCGGCUCCACCUCAGCCAGUUCAACAGCAUGAGCGCGCUGCACGAGAUCUACUCCUACAUCGUCAAGUACAAAGAUGAGAUCCUGACUGCGCUACAGAAGGACGACCAGGCUCGCAGGCAGAGACUCCGCAGUAAGCUGGAACAGGUCAUUGACACCAUGGCCCUGGCCAGCUGAGAACCCCUCGGCUAGCAGUGGUGGAACUGGAGAACGUUCUUACCCCUCCCACCCCCACCCACCACCCCUCCCCCACACAAAAACAGGAAGCUAAAGAACUGCAACAAGGACAGAAGCAGUACACUGGAGACCCACCACACACUCCCAGGGUGGGCGCCUUUUGCAUCACGUCAUGGUUCCUCUCCAAGAGCCCAAGAAAUGUUACAGUCCAAGAUGGCAUCUUCUUAGUGGUGGUUGCUCUACAGGUUUUUAUUUUUUAUUUUUUAUUAAAUCAAUCAGUCAUCCAUUGCAGUUGUUGGACUGCUGUGUAGAAGGCAAGGAGUGAUCGAGCGGAUCAGAAUGUCAUUGGACUUAAGGGAUCAAACUUCCAUCGUGUGACUGGACUUACUCGGGAGUCCUGCUCCCAUGUGGAUAGAUGGUACUCCCUUUUAGUGCUUCAUUUUCAAAAAAUGGUUUUAUAUUUUUAGUUUUAUCGAUCCGACCACUCUCUCCAGUCUCCUGCCACAUGUGUUACUGCUGAAUUUGCACAAAUAACAGGAACAAAAGAUGAAAUAUAUGAAUAUAAAUAUAUAUAUAUAUAUAGAUAUAUAAAUGAAUGCAACUGCAUUUUUUUAAAGACACAAUGAAAAGAAGUUUUCCAUUUUAUGGUAGAGAGUUCAACAAAAAAAUGGAUUUGAUAUUUCAAAGACUGAAUAAUGAAAAAGAAAAAAAACGGUGUCCUGUGCCAUGUUUUAUUUGAAUGUUGUUUAGUGCAGAACUUUUUUCUUUAGAUAAAAAAAAAAUGUGCUAUUAUUUAACUGUUGACUUGCCCAGUGACUGAGACCGUGAGAGUUGAAAUUGUAUCUACAAUGAUCUACAAAGAUAUCAGCGUUUGGAAGCUUUGUUUUUUGAUGGAUAACGACCAAGUUUGGAGUGAGCUUAGAAAUGUAUUUUGGUUUUAUGUAUAUCUUUUUGACCUUCAGUGCUAUUGUGGUUUUAUUGUAAAAUCUCUUUAAAAUGGCUUUAUUUUAUAUUCCAUGGCCAUUUGUUGCAAUGCAAAAAAAUGACGUACAUCUGACAACAAAGACAGUCCAAAUGUUGUCUCAGAAUCUGCCAGCUGAGUUUAGCCACCUGAAGGACAGGCAUCCAUGUUGUUUGGGGCCAUGCACUAGUGUAGUAGCUCCUCGCUCCCGCAGUGGCAAUACAGGUCCACAGUGUCAAAUGAAGGAUAUAUGUCCCCCAGUUUAAGGGAGAAUGUGUGAAAGUAUGAAUCGCAUUCCAUUCUAACUUCGAGGGAGGGAAUCAUAGUUCAGUCGCAUGGUGAAGUGUAGCAGAUGUGAAUUUAUUUCAUAUUUCUCUCUCCCUCUUCCUUUUCUUUCUGUCUCUUCCCUUCUUUCUUUCUCUCAAGUGGUCUCCCUCUAAGGACUGACUACUCUUUUGAUUUUCUCCCACACCUUCCCCAGAUCCUUCUCAGUGAGGCUGAGGCUUCAGUGCCUGAAGUGUGAGUGUAGAGUUCUGUCAGAAGAUGAACACUGUAGUUUGGCUUCUAGAACACAUUGUGGUACAGAAUUGACAUGAGCCUGUUAUUUUUUCUUUUUUUUUUUUAAACCAACCCAUGUCUUGGGCUGUGUAAGCUAAACAUUUCCUCAUAUGUGAUUUAAAUGUAGUUACAGGUCACCAUAUGUCGUGGAAGUUUAUUGAUAGUUGUCUUGGGUCAGUUUUUGUAAUUUAAACUGUGGUCAGCUAUAUUUUUUUCUUAUUCUCUUAAGUGAAUUUGAAACUGUACUGUUUUUUUUCUCCCUAGUUUAUUUUUUUCAAUGGCAACAAAAUAGAACAUUGCCUAUAUAAAAACAGUCUUUCAUGUGGUACACAGUGAGAGAAUGGACGUUAUCUGUUAUUAUUUUGUGAUCUAUUGUGUGAAAAAGAAACAAUUUUAGAAAAUGUAAACAUCAGUGAUGUGUAACAAGACAGUGAAAUCUACUUUGGCGUUGUCAAAGUGUUUCUGUUCUCCCUUUUUUUUUAUUCCUCUGAAAUGUUGUACCUUUGUGAAGCUCUCUGUGUUACCCCAGCUCCCUUUCAAGUGUGGCAGCAGCCUCCUAAAGCCAGACAUGUUCAAACAACAGAAGAAAGCUACACUCCUUUUACCCUUUCCAUUGAGAUUAAAUCAGCCAUUGAAACUUAACUGAAAUAUUUAGGUCAGAAAUAAUGAAAGAAAUUCAAAGUCUCUCAAACUAUAGAUUUGAAGUUUCUGUCUUUGCCUUUUUUUACCUCAGUAUACCCACCACUGAACAUCAGGGGUUAUAUGAGGUGGCAUGGUUUCAAUGAAGAAGUUAUCCUUUUUUAUUUAUCUUUAUUUAAAUAUACAGUAUACAAUAUUAUAAUCUCUCUCUGAAUCAGUUGGGAGCAGGCCUCCAUACCACAGUAGACAUACAAUUCUCCUUGCGUUCAGCUCGCCUUGUUUUUGCUCUUCAGGAGCAGGUUAUUUUUUUGGUUGUUUUUUUUUCUAUUGAAUGGUUCUAUUGGAUAUCCUCCUGGUCUCUGCUCUACUGUGAUAUCAUCUACCUGAAAUGAAAUCAAGGGUUCUUCCAAGACCGUUCCUAACAGUGCAUGUUCGAAUCAUAGCUCUCUUGAUCUUACCUGCCUACACCAUCUCCUCCCCUCUGACCUAUCCAGAUAGAAUAAUGAAAGAGUUGGCAGUAACCAAUUUCAUCAAAGCAGCUCUGACUUCAUUGAGAAUUCUCCAUGUCACUCUGCAACCCAAGAACACACUCAGUGGCUCAGUCACCCCCCCAUUCCCACCCGACUCCUUAAAACUCUUUAUACCACCCCCACACUGACAGGGCUGGAUUUCCUACUUAUACUUGAUAUAAACUUGAAACAGGGUUAUAUGUCCAACAGAAAAGGCUUUACUUGUGAUUGUGGUCUCCGAAUACAAUUAUUUUCCAUUCUUCUUCUUUUUCUUUUUUUUUUCUACCAAUAUCUUAAUAUCGCAGUCUCAAGGUACUUGGUAAUUUGUUUUCCAUGCAUGUUAAAGUGAUAUUUUUUAAUCAAUUAAGAUUACCAGUGAGACCUCUCCGUGGUGCUUAAUGGCUUAAAGCACUAUUAUACACAUCAAUAAGCAUUUACUAGCUGAUUGAGUGCAUUUCGUUUCCACAUUAAUUUCUGAUGGAAAUGUUGAUGGGCUCUGCCUCUCUGCUGCACUGGCUUUGAUGACUGUGAUGGUUAAACAGCUGGAUGUGUUUGAAAACGCCAAGGCACUUCAUGCGCUGUGAUGUUUGAGCCUUUUCUGGUGAAGGAGAGUGUUGUUUUGUUCUCUCUUUGUUUCUUCCAGAAUGAGCAUAAUCAAUCAAAUUUCUGAAACUCAUUCUUGUAAAUGAAGCAAGUGCUCAAAUGUUUUUUUGUUUUUCUUUUUGGUUGUGUGUUGAUUAAUUAUGCUUUGCCACUAUUUAGUUUUGUCGCAUGUAUGAUCAAAUGACAGCUGUGGGAGUCUUUUGUUUUUCUUGCUGUUUCGGGCCUGGAAAACAAAAUAGCGAGACAUGUUUUAAUGAAGAAGCUGUUUCUACAGACACAGAGCUUACACUUUGCACAGAGUGCCUUGUCAGCUCCCUCCCCCCUUCCAUCCUGUAACCUUACAUGACCUCUUCCAUUCUCCACAAGCGCCUGCUUGACUACAGCCUAAAUGGUCACACCAUUCCUUCUGCGGUCCUUGCCCCUAAGCUUUGAGUUGUGUGCUUCUCUUUGGUUUGUGUUGUUUCUGCUCGGCCCAAAUAAUCCACCCUGUUACUUUGAUGUCCUAUUUUAGCCCUAUUUUGGCUGAUUGGAAAAGCUGUACUUUUUAAGAAGAUAAUUACAACAACAACAAAAAAAAAGCAUAGGGACAGGUGUGAAAUGUGGACUUAAAGAAGACAAACUAAAGAAUUUAAAUACUUUAUGAAUUCUGAUACAUUUUUAAGAGUUUCAGACUUGAAUCAACUGUGACAGGUUGGCUGUUAAAUGUUCAUUGUGUAAAUAUUCUGCUCUUUCCUAUUUUGCAGAUUUAUUACUUGUAAAUAAACACAUGCAUCAAGGAGAGAUUAAACAUUUUUGCUAAAAGUG